UACUAUACUUGAAUUUCUGUGCGCAUUAGAAUCGGAAAAUCUAGUGAAAAUGCUGACCAAAGUGUUGGGUAUGCGGUUGAAUACCUACGGUGUGGUUGUGGGAUGGCUGGGAGCGAUUUGGUCGUUUUUGGCAGUGAUCUUGAUAUCCACUGCUCUAGGAUUUGCCGACGAAAUCUCAGAGGAGAUUGCUAAGAAUUCCCAAGAUCCGAACAUGACUGCCAUCCAAAUUCGUACUCUUCUGGUGAUAGUGCUCAGCGUCUUUUUGGCUCUGAAGGUAAUCAAUCUUCUGUCUUCGGCCCUGUUAGUUAUGGGCACUGUUAAGGAGCGUCACCUACUCUUGCUGCCCUGGCUGAUCAACUCCGGCAUAACUCUGGCCUUCACCAUCAUCUCCACUGUGCUCUUGUGGGUUGAGGCUAUUGGUUCUAGUCCAGUAGCUGAGGCUCUUUCUGUAGUCUUCGUUUCUGGCGGUCUUGUCGUGCUUUGGUGGUACCUCUACUACGGCAUCUACUCGCUGUUCAAGCACAUCCAGCUCACAAGCGAUCAGCAGCGCCCGCUGAUCCAGGGACCACCUCAAAGAUCGGGCGACCACUCGGGCGCCACCUAUCCGAAUUAUACCAAGAUCUAAAUUGGAAACAAACAGCUUUCGAUGGCAGUUUAAGAGGAAGCCAGAACAAAGUAAAAUCCCCUUAAAAUAAAUUUAUAUUCCAGAUAUACUUA